AUGACAGAGGUCCUCAGCCUGUGCAUAGGUAUGGAAGAGGAACCUGGCUGGGGAAUACAAAGGACUGAAGAAUGUCCGGCGGGUACAGCUGAGGAGGCGGAGGAGGACAGUGGGGAGGCGGAUGAGUUUGGCGCAGCUGAGGAGACGGAGGAGGACAGUGGGGAGGCGGAUGAGUUUGGCACAGCUGAGGAGGCGGAGGUGGACAGUGGGGAGACAGAUGAGUUUGGCAGAACUGAGGAGGCAGAGGAGGACAGUGGGGAGGUGGAUGAGGCGGACACAGUUGAGGAGGCGGAGGAGGACAGUGGGGAGGCAGAUGAGGCAGACACAGCUGAGGAGGACAGUGGGGAGGUGGAUAAGGCGGACACAGCUGAGGAGGCAGAGGAGGACAGUGGGGAGGCAGAUGAGGCAGACAGAGCUGAGGAGGCAGAGGAGGACAGUGGGGAGGUGGAUAAGGCGGACACAGCUGAGGAGGCAGAGGAGGACAGUGGGGAGGCAGAUGAGGCAGACAGAGCUGAGGAGGCAGAGGAGGACAGUGGGAAAGCAGAUGAGGCGGACACAGCUGAGGAGGACAGUGGGGAGUCGGAUGAGGCAGGAACAGCUGAGGAGGCCGAGGAGGACAAUGAGGAGGCGGAUGAGGCAGACACAGCUGAGGUGGUGGAGGAAGACAAUGGGGAGGCGGAUGAGGCAGACACAGCUGAGAUGGUGGAGGAAGACAAUGGGGAGGCGGAUGAGGCAGACACAGCUGAGGAGGUGGAGGAGGACAAUGGGGAGGCAGAUGAGGCGGACACAGCUGAGGAGGUGGAGGAGGACAAUGGCGAGGCGGAUGAGGAAGACACAGCUGAGGAGGUGGAGGAGGACAGUGGGGAGGUGGAUGUGGCAGGAACAGCUGAGGAGGCCGAGGAGGACAAUGGGGAGGCGGAUGUGGCAGGAACAGCUGAGGAGGCAGAGGAGGACAAUGGGGAGGCGGAUGAGGCAGACAGAGCUGAGGUGGUGGAGGAGGACAGUGGGGAGGCAGAUGAGGCGGACACAGCUGAGGAGGUGGAGGAGGACAAUGGGGAGGCGGAUGAGGAAGACACAGCUGAGAUGGUGGAGGAAGACAAUGGGGAGGCGGAUGAGGCAGACACAGCUGAGGAGGUGGAGGAGGACAAUGGGGAGGCAGAUGAGGCGGACACAGCUGAGGAGGUGGAGGAGUACAAUGGGGAGGCGGAUGAGGAAGACACAGCUGAGGAGGUGGAGGAGGACAGUGGGGAGGCGGAUGUGGCAGGAACAGCUGAGGAGGCAGAGGAGGACAAUGGGGAGGCGGAUGAGGCAGACAGAGCUGAGGUGGUGGAGGAGGACAGUGGGGAAGCAGAUGAGGCAGGAACAGCUGAGGAGGCCGAGGAGGACAAUAGGGAGGCGAAUGAGGGAGACACAGCUGAGGAGGUGGAGGAGGACAAUGGGGAGGCGGAUGAGGCAGACACAGCUGAGGAGGUGGAGGAGGACAGUGGGGAGGUGGACAGGGAGGGUACAGCUGAGGAGGCGGGCCCCAUCAGGUCUCCAGUCAUAGGCAAAACUAUCCUGCCCGGUAAGUCUGCUCUGUCUGAGCUCUGCUCUGUCUGA